UAUAGCUAUACGACUUCCCAGUUCCGCAGAUUUGUUUGCGCCAAAGGACAUCGAAAAGCUUCGCUUCAUUUUAGAUGGCAACCUCGAAGCUCCAAGCUCUGUGGAAUCACCCCGCUGGCCCUAAAACCAUUCAUUUUUGGGCACCUACCUUCAAGUGGGGAAUUAGUAUAGCCAAUAUUGCUGACUUUUCCAAGCCUCCUGAAAAACUAUCAUAUCCUCAACAGAUAGCGGUUACAGCCACUGGGGUAAUCUGGUCACGCUAUAGCACUGUAAUUACUCCGAAGAACUGGAACCUAUUCAGUGUAAACGUGGCCAUGGCUGGUACAGGCAUCUACCAACUUACCCGAAAAAUUCGGAAUGAUUACUUUAAUGACAAUCAAGUAGAUGUAGCAAAGGAAUGAUGAUGACGAAAAUGGCUUUCCUCCUGCCCUUCAUAGGAUCUUCAAAGUUCUAUACUCUUCUUGUGACAUUGUAGCUUUCACUUCGAUUUUAGAUUUGAUAUUUGAUCUUUUGUUGGGAUGGUUUUCAAUCGAGCAACAAUAUUAUGGUUGACAACUAAUAAUUAUUGAAGUGUUAUAGCUCUGAAGAUGAGGAGGGAUUCCUUUUCCAAAAAAUGAUAUUUUAGCCUUUUGGAGUCCAAUGGCAUAGAUUUGGAAUUCUAUACACAAGGUUUCGAAAUUAAUUUUUUGUGUACCCCAAAAAAGAAGAUAUUUUUGAACUUAUUUUUGAAAAUAAAGUACUUUUGUUUUGUUAGA